AAGUUGAAUAAGACAUAAAGAGCAACUGCUUUAUGUUACAUGUUAAAUUAUGUCACAAGUUGAAUGUUGAUACCAGUCAAUACGCCUAGCUACAUCUAAAGUUAGUUCUCAGACAUGGCACUUAAACUGAAAGAAACAAAUCUUUCAAAUACUGAAUCAUAACAGGCUUAAAAAUUACAAUUGGCGGGAAGCAGACCAGUUGUCGAUUUACAAGCAUGACGAGGAGAUGAACUUGGGUUUACCGCGAAACUACUCCAGCUAAGUACGUGGUCAGAGCAUUGUAAGACGACAAGCCAAAACAUUUCUUGCCAAAUAUAAUCCAUGCCAAACAAAGUAAUGCCUAGCUUCUUUAUACAAUGUUACACGCAAGGCUUUAAACUUUGUCUGUUUACCUAUACUGCAGCAUUAGAGUUUUGAAAUGAACGGAAAUUUGGUUAGAUUUUUGAUAAAACGCUUAUUUUUCAUGCUUAUCUUCAAAAUGUCCUGUCCGAUGUCAUCUCAUUUCAGUGGUGAACUGUAGCUUUGUGUCUGACGUUAUUAUAGCCAACAGGAAAAACACUUCAGUCUUGGUAAUCAGCAAAGCCACGUGAUUCUAACAAUAUAUAUGUAAAUCCCCUUAACACAUGCGCAGCUUUCGUUACUGUGUCCGAGUGACGAGACUGUUUAGAGUAAUCUCCAAACCUUCAAGGAGACCUGUUGUAUAAGCUUUUCGCUUUGAGAGGCCAACAUAAGCUAAGGGUAUAAAACAUGCAACCUUGCAGUCGGCAGAGCUUAUAGAGUCACUGGGACAAACUAACUACACAGAAAACUCAAGGAUCUAUUCCGCAAAAGUCAGGUACGAUGACAGAAACACCAAACAUAACAACAGCACCUAACGUCACAUCGCCCACGCCUGGAGGAGGAGGAGGCGGAGGCGAAGACUAUGGUCUCCCUUCAAAGGAAUCAGUCAUUGCAGCUUGUUUCUUUUACACUGUCAUUGCCUUAGUUGCCGUGUUUGGCAACUUAAUGGUGGUGACAGCUUUCUUCAUUAACGACAAACUCCGAACGGUGACGAACUACUUUGUGCUUGGUUUAGCAGCUGCCGACAUUUUGGUAGGUGCCAUUUCCGUUCCUUUGUGGAUGUACAUUUUGAACUACUACGCCGAUCGGAAGGCGAUGAAUAAGAGUUUCAUUGACUUAAACGAGCUCUAUACCACAUUGGACAGCUUUGCCGGAAUCUCUUCAAUUUUACAUCUCAUGGCCAUUUCUAUGGAACGCUACUUUUGUGUUGGCUGGGCCGUGAAGCAUCGCAACACCAAAAAGUACGUCUAUUACAUUGCUUUGUUCCUGGUUUGGUUCAUUUCAGCCUUAGCAGCUUCUGUGAAACUCAUGAUCCCUGACAUCCAAGCAGGAGACCGGGUUCUCUUUACCUUCGUUGUCUUCUUUUUACUGCCGUUGACGAUCAUCGUGGUUUCAUAUGCAGCCAUUUGGAAAAUUGCCAUGACCAGGAUGAACAACAACCCAAGUAAGCGCUCACUGAAGCGAGAGAUUCGCACCGCCACAACCAUUGCCUUUGUCAUUGGGUUCUUUUUGAUUGCAUGGACUCCAUUCUUCAUCACGCUUGUCGUUAAUGUGUACUGCCCACUAACGAAGUGCCCUUUUAGUUGGUCAGCAUUGAUAUUUUACAAAUUUUUGCACUACUCAAACUCGUCAAUCAAUCCAAUAGUGUACGGAGUGCGAAUACCGGAAUUUAGAAAGACUUUCAAAUUCAUCUUAAGGCGAAUCUUUGGGCCCAUUAUAACACCUUGUAGAAAUCGAUGAUUAUCUCUGUACAUUAUCACUAAAUCAGAAAUAUCGAAGGCUGUUUCAAUUCUCUUAAAAGCUGCAUUUAAUACCAGGUGAAGAACUGAGACGCGAAUGCAACAGGGUUGUCAAGAACUGUUUAAGUCUGCGGUAUGAACUGAGCUCGUUUAUAAUAACAAUAGAGAACGAACUUGUUCCAUUCAGUUGAGUGGGAGACAGUGGUCUUAUUUAACAGUAUAGCUAUAAAAAACGAUUAAAAUCUAUAUUAUGGGCAUUUUUAUCAAUCAUGUACUAUUAUGCUAUUUAACAGCACAAGUUACGUCGUCUAAAAGUGUUUAAUGAAGCCUGCCUUCUCCAUUGCGGAGCAUAGGUCAUUGACAAGACUCCUUCAAUCCCCUCUGCCUCUGGCCAGGUGUUCCAUCUGUGUCCAGGAGUAGCCCUUCCAUGGAAUAGUGGGUUAUGUAUUCGGGAAGUGGGGAAGCACUCCCAUAAAUCUAGAAUAAGUGUGUGCCGCGAAGAGUCUUAAAGCCUGACCCUAUUUAAGGAUAAAGCAAACGCAAAGUGAUUCCCUAUUUAAGGCACAAACCCGAAAGAUGAUACCCUGUACAAGGGAAAACAAAAACUAAGAAUGGCGUGAACGGGUCAACUAUAUUUCGUUUCUGUAACAUUGUAAUUUAAACAUCAUGUAAUUUAGGUAUCCUAUCUAAGGAUCACACCCGGAACACGAUGCCAAUAGUGGCACAUACGUAUGUAGCUAAUAUAUGGGAGUACCAGCCCCGCAUCCUGUAUUAGUUUCACUUAAUUGCUGUUGUUCCGUACACAAUCAAGGCAUUAAACUGCACGAAUCACUGCAGUUAACUUCGGUAAAUAACUGCAUGCCAUCGAAGCGUAAAUAACUGCUUGCCAUAGACGUAGGCCAAAAGAUUGCUAUUAAUGUGAGGUUUGAAGUUUGUCAGAGUUUCUUGGAUGAUGGCAAAUAGUGACAUCUCUUAUUCAACUGGCAAUUUUUCAUAAAUUAAAUUUCUAUUUCGCACUCAGCUUUGAGGCUUUGUCUAAGGGACAAUUUCUGAACAGGAUAAAUGUUAUUUAGAAGUAACUGUAAUCUCUUUUCAGUUGGUUUGUUCGUUGCCAAAUUAUUUGUUCAAUAAAAGCGUAAAUACUGUUACUCUAAUUAGCACUCGGUCCUCUUGAAGAAGCACUUAAAAGCUGGGAAGGAUCAGUACAGACAGUUUCUGCAGUAUUCCGCCAUCUCUUAACUUAGAGGCAGGUUAAAAUUUUAUCAGAAACUGACCAAAACCAGGGCAGAGAACAAUCAUCAAUUAGUCUAGUAGCUUGCACGUAAAAUCUUCUGCCGAGUUGGUUACCCUGCAUGCUUAGAUUUCGGAAGAGAGAAUUAAGGAAACAGUUUUCCUGAAAGCAUGCUCACAUGCUCCCUGCUCAUACUUUUCCUAAAAUUGCUGUUGAUAAAGCAUUGCUAAAUCUGAAAGGCUUACUCGAUGCUUAGAUCAUUUGAAAUAUCUCACUCUGCGCAUGCCUUAAUUUGAUCCAGCUCAUGUACCACUUGCAUUCGUCGCGAAUCUGUAAAAAUUAAUUGAAGGUCUGCAAUAGCCAAUAAAGAAAUUGGGAAAAAAUUACUAGAAAGUCGUAAGUAUUUUAAAACUAUUUUCAAAAAUGAAAAUAAAGAAUUUGAUAAAAAUUGUGGACGUACAGAGAUGAACUCGGUUUUGCAGCUAGCAGAUCAGGUUUUACGCGUCUGAUACCGCACACUGCUAAGACCUCCCUUCGGUAAUCAAAAUACAUUUUCUGGAUAUUGAAGUAAUCCUAGAUAUCAUUCGAGAACAACGUCUUCGGCGGUUUUAAAGUUUGGUCAACUGCACUGAUUGCGUUACAAUUCGAUAGUAGAUCGCUGGUCAAGGAUAACCCGUUCCCCUUUCACAGGUUGCUGGCCAUGAACUUAAGAAAAAAAAAAAGCAAACAAACAAAAACAAGAACAAACAAACAAGCAAACAAAUCAAAAGGAGAAAAUAUUUGUAAAGAAAGAAAACAAAAGUCAACUAAAAAGGAAAGAUUGACAGUUCAGUUAUUCAAUAAACAAUCAGUAUCAUUUCGACAAAAGAGCUAUCACUCGAACUAAAUCGCACGUAAAAGACGGAUGAUGAUUACAUUGGAAAUUUCCUGGUAUGGAUUUGCGGACCUGGAUCAAAGUUGGUCAACAAUUUACUUACACAUUGCCAUUUCCGAGGCAAGCUUUGAAGUAACAGACAAGUUUGGAACGAUUUGAAUGCUAGCGGGACUUCUGUAAAACUGGUUCACAGUGACGCGUGUAUUUCACAAUAUCACAAUCUAAAUAAGGUAAAAUCAGUUUACUGUCCGCAAAUUAGGGUAUGAUGUUUUUUAAUCACUAAUGUAAUCUCUGUACAACCAACCAAUUAAUCAAUCGAUUUGUGGUGCAGUAAAUCGAGCGAAAUUAAACGAAACUCCGGUAUGAGCCUUGAUUCACUUGAACGCAAACGUUUUGAUAAUUGAACGCGAUCGAGUUCGUUAUGACCAAAGGCGCAGGCACUUGUUGAUUUACCACACGACAGGAUAAAGGAUGAUUCCCCAUGUAGGCCUUAUUAUGAAGGUAAUCCCUAUCAAGUUAUUUUUAGAAUUGUUAUGCCGUUCGCUGGUCGAUAAUGCACCACGUGCCUAGAGUAGGUGUUCUCUUGGACGAUGAAGAUGCCUGUGAAGAUGUUAGGGCUGUCCACCUGUGGAAACUUCUAGACCCUCCUAGGAUUUUUGAGGCUGGGGGAUCUAAAAAUGACUUGAGAGGGAUUACUCUAGGAAUAACGCCUAUAUAGGGAAAAACCCCCGAUUGCGUGUUCAGGCUAGGUUUCUUCUUUCUGGUCGAACACGCAAUCGGAUUCCAUCCGCGCGAAACUAUUUGUUUAGACAAAUAUGUUAAUGAACAAUCACACCUCUCACCGCAUAUAUAACACUGU